AAGCACAUGGCUUUUCUGCAGGUCUUGUUUGAGAACUUGUUCACUCUUCUAUCAGAGGAGUGGAGAUUGGUCUUGGGAGCGGAGGACGAACUGAGAAAUCUCAGGGACAAUCUCUCCAUGAUUCAAGCUGUCCUUCGUGAUGCAGAGGAGAGGCAGCGCACUGACCACGCAGUGGGAUUGUGGCUUAACGAGCUCAGGGUCGUCGCCUAUGAUGCAAACGACGUGUUGGAUGAGUGUGCUACCGAAGCUCAACGCCGGCGUCUGAUCCCAUACGCACAGGUACGCAACUCCUUGUCUGUCAUCAAUCCUAAGCGUGGCUUGUUCUGGUUCAAAAUGUCCCAUAGAAUGAAAGAGAUAGCCGAUAAACUAGAUGCCAUCGGAAGGAGAAGGAAUUCCUUUGGCUUGAGAGUGGGGAAUGGAAUGAGAAAUCAAGAAGAGCGCGGCGACCUUCGUCAGACCAGCUCACUUAAUCCUUCAUCACCUCUUGGCAGGGAAAGCGAUAAGCAAAGGAUAGUAGAACUCUUGGUAUCAUCGCAGAUGGAGGACAGUGGAAACAUUUCUGUUGUUUCCAUUCAUGGAAUGUGUGGAAUUGGAAAGACCACCGUUGCUCAGGUAGUCUAUAACGAUGAGGCCGCGGUAGAGAGAUAUUUUGAGCUCAAGCUGUGGGUUCAUGUAUCCUAUGAUUUCAAUGUAAAAAGACUCACGAGAGCCAUGAUAGAAUCCGUAGAUAGCUGUGCAUAUGACCUCAGCAAUCUCGACAAUCUUCAGAAACACCUCAAGGAGAAGCUGGCUGGAAAGAGAUACUUAUUAGGAAGUAAUUUGCAAUCAAUGCACAUGACUCUUCGGUGUUGAUACAACUUAGCAUUCCAAAGAGUUAUUUUGUAAUCCAAAGAGUCAUUUUGUAAUCCAAAGAGUCAUUUUGUAAUCCAAAGUGUCACCUUGGAAAUCUCAGAAGUACUUGUAUUUCAAA